AAAAAAGAAAAAAGAAAAAAGUGGGACUCAUACUCAACCGUUACCGUCUAUUAUCAUCACCACCGUUCAAACUCUCUCUCUCUCUCUCUCUCUGUGUUCUACUAUACCAAAUAUUUCCUCCCAUGUCCUCUUCUUCCUCUUCUUCUUCUUCGAUUCCCGUAGUCGCCAAACAGAAACCCUAAUUUUUCUCUUAUUUCAUCUCACAUGGCGCAGAUUCUCAAUCCCAACUCCUCCGAGCCCGACCCGAACGCAACCCACUCAGCCAAUUCCUUCGUCGAACCUCACGAGACCUAUUCUAUUUCCACCUUUCUCGAUUCCCGCGACGCCGAUUCCAUCUCCUCCGUCGCCGAUUCUGACCACGCCUUCUCUACCUCCUCCCUCGUUGGCCAACCCCAAAACCCUAACCCUAACCCUAACCUUAACCUAAAACCUACCUCCAGUCCCCUACCGACUCCAAUUCCCAAUCCCAACCCUACCCGGAUCCCGACUCUCCUCCACCUCUCAUUCAAUCAGGACCAUGGUUGCUUCGCCGCGGGCACCGAUAUCGGGUUCCGCAUCUACAACUGCGACCCGUUCCGUGAGAUUUUCAGGCGCGAUUUCGGGAACCGGAGCGGGAUUGGAUUGGUCCAGAUGUUGUUCCGGUGCAAUAUACUUGCGCUCGUUGGAGGUGGACCCGACCCACAGUACCCGAUUAACAAGGUCAUGAUCUGGGACGACCAUCAAUCUCGGUGCAUCGGCGAGCUAUCAUUUCGGUCCGAAGUUAAAGGGGUUAGGCUCAGGCGGGACAGAAUUGUGGUUGUCUUGGUGCAGAAGAUCUUUGUCUACAAUUUCGCCGACCUUAAGCUUUUGCAUCAGAUUGAGACAAUUGCGAACCCUAAGGGACUUUGUGAGGUCUCGCAUGUAUCGGGUCCGGUGGUCCUGGUGUGCCCUGGACUGCAAAAGGGUCAAGUUCGGGUCGAGCAUUACGGGUCGAAGAGGACCAAGUUCAUAAUGGCUCAUGAUUCGAGGAUUGCUUGCUUCGCGCUUACACAGGAUGGUCGAUUGCUCGCCACCGCUAGUAGUAAAGGGACUUUGGUUAGAGUUUUCAAUACAUUGGAUGGUUCUUUGCUCCAAGAGGUAAGGAGAGGUGCAGACAGAGCUGAAAUACACAGUCUGGCUUUCUCUUCUGCUGCGCAGUGGCUAGCUGUCUCAAGUGACAAGGGAACUGUCCAUGUUUUCAGUUUGAAUGUUGAUUCAGGGACACUAGCAAAUGAAAGAUCACGUAGCCCGUCUGAAACCAAUCUUUCCAAUCCAUCUGCCAUUCCUUCUCUUUCAUUCAUGAAAGGUGUGCUGCCAAGAUAUUUCAGCUCGGAAUGGUCAGUGGCUCAAUUUCAUUUGAAUGAAGGUCUGCAGUACAUAGUUGCUUUUGGCCAUCAGAAGAAUACAAUUGUGAUUCUCGGCAUGGAUGGCAGCUUCUAUCGAUGCCAAUUUGACCCAACGAAUGGCGGAGAGAUGACUCAACUUGAAUACUACAAUUUUCUGAAACCGGAAGAAACUUUCUAGAUUAUGGUAAAUAUAAUAUAUAUAUAUAUAUAUAUAUAUUGCUUUCUGUAUUCGGUGGUGGUUCCUGUUAAUAAUGUGCUUCUUAUGAUAUGUAGGGAACUGCAGUACGUUGUAAAUAUAUGAGUAAAUGAGAAUGAUCACAUAUGGUUCAAUC